UGCAGGCAUGCCUCGCCAGUUCCCCAGGGUCACCCUGAGCGAGGCCGAGGAGGAGACCCAACUCCUGGCGGAGAAGGCGUACGCGUCGGCGCUGAAGGAAGAGGACCGCAAGGAUGCCGUGUCCAUGUUCUCGGUGCCGGAGGACUGCCCCAUCGGCCUCCGGCAAGACAAAGAGCACCAACUGCUCAAGGAGCUGGCGGAGCAGCGGUCCGAGGAGAGCGCCAAAAGGCGGAGGAGCUUGAAGAUGAUUCGCUCGCAGUCCCUGUCCGUGCAAAUGUCGGGGAAUCCGGACUGGGCGUGGCCAAGGCCUCCCACCCCGUACCUGUCCCCCGGCUCCGGAUCGCUGUGCUCGUCCGUGCCAGAAUACUGGCCCGAUUACCAGCGGGUCACAAUUAGCGGCGAUUACUGCGCAGGAAUCACGGUGGAAGACUACGAACAGGCACCGUCGAGUCUUCUGAAGGCUCUCCUGAUCCGCGAGAAAUAUUCCAGACUGGCCUAUCACAGAUUCUGCAGAACCACGGCGCAAUUCCUUCGCAGGUCCGAAAACAACCGAUGGAGCGAGGAGGACGAAGUUCAACCAGAUAUGUGCCCGUGUCCAACGGAGGGCGAGGACCCGUACGGCGUGGAAAACGUCCCUGAGAACCUGACCUACCAACUGAAGCUGAAAGACGGGAUAGUGCGCGUGUACGACAGCGCCGAGGAUCUCCGAGAAAAUCGUCCCCGCGACCUUCCUUAUCCCGAUCUGGAGACUUUCGCCAUCGACGUCGGCCACGUGCUGGCGAUGAUCGCAGACGGGCCCACGAAAACCUAUUGUCACAGGCGACUGAAUUUCCUGACCUCCAAGUUCCACCUCCACGAAAUGCUCAACGAGAUGGCCGAGCUCAGGGAACUGAGAGGCGUUCCUCACCGAGAUUUCUACAACGUGAGAAAGGUGGAUACGCACAUUCACGCGGCCGCUUGCAUGUCUCAGAAGCACUCGCUGACGUUCAUUCAGAAGACCUACGAGGUGGACUCGGAGCGCGCGGUCACGGAAAACGCGGGGCGGGAGGUGACGCUCAAACAGGUCUUCCGCAGUCUCGACAUGGACCCCUACGACCUCACCGUGGACUCCCUGGACGUCCACGCCGGAAGGCAUACGUUCCAUCGCUUUGAUAAAUUCAAUUCCAAGCACAAUCCGGUCGGAGCCAGCGAACUCAGAGAGAUCUUUCUCAAAACGGACAACCUUCUCAACGGCGAGUAUUUCGCUCACAUAAUAAAGGAAGUGGCCCACGACUUGGAGGAGAGCAAAUACCAGCACGCCGAGCCCCGCUUGUCCAUCUACGGACGCGCUCCGGACGAGUGGCGCGGCUUGGCCGAGUGGUUCAUCCUGCACAAGGUUUACUCCCCGAACAUGAGGUGGAUGGUUCAAGUGCCCAGAAUCUAUGACAUUUUUAAGUCGAAGGGGCUGGUGCCGAAUUUUGCAAAGAUGCUGGCGAACGUAUUCCUUCCCCUCUUUGAGGCGACCAUUCGUCCGCAAAGUCACAAAGAGCUUCGUGUUUUCCUCAAAUAUGUAUCGGGCUUCGACAGCGUGGAUGACGAGUCCAAGCACAGCGAUCACAUGUUCUCAUUCAGGAGCCCAAAACCGGAGGAGUGGACCGGGGAUGAGAACCCUCCGUACAGCUACUACCUCUUCCACACGUACGCCAACGUCAUGGUCCUCAACAAUCUCAGAAAGGAACGCGGUCUGAGCACCUUCCAGUUCCGCCCCCACUGCGGCGAAGCGGGCUCCGUCACUCAUCUGGUAUCUGCGUUCCUCACUGCGGACAACAUCUCACACGGGCUCAACUUGAAGAAGAGCCCCGUACUUCAGUAUCUGUACUACUUGGCCCAAGUGCCCAUCGCGAUGUCGCCGCUGAGCAACAACAGCCUGUUCUUGGAAUACGAGUUCCUGCACAAAGGCCUCUGCGUGUCCUUGUCCACGGACGACCCCAUGCGGUUCCACUACACCAAGGAGCCGCUGAUGGAGGAAUACGCCAUCGCGGCGCAGCUGUGGAAGCUCAGCACGUGCGACCUUUGUGAAAUCGCCCGAAACAGCGUGCUGCAGUGUGGACUCGCCGAGCAGGACAAGAAGCACUUUUUGGGUCCGGACUACCUGAAGGACGGACCCGAGGGGAACGACAUCCGCCGCACCAACGUGGCCCAGAUCCGCAUGGCCUACCGACACGAGACUCUGUGCAACGAACUCAGUUUCCUGGUGGAUGCCGUCCGGUCCGAAGCCGCCAAGUCUCUUGUGUGAAUCCGACCGGGACCGGGCGGUACUACGAGGGGCGCUGCGGGGACGUAAAUUGGGGAUUCGUGUACCUUAUCGCAAACACCACAGAAAAGUCGACCUUCACGCGACUGAAAUGCUCACAAGUGAAACGUCUUCAUAGUCACUACCGAAACGUUCUCUUAAUAUUUUCUCGCAUAUUUUGACAUCACACUGGCGCAUACUUCGAGUAAACAUGUUUGGAAGGUAAGUGCUGAAAAAACGCUGCAAACAAUUUAGGACUGAAUGGUUGACAGAUAGAUCUGUCCAUCCAUUUUCUUAGCCGCUUAUCCUCACAAGGGGAGUGCCGGAGGCCGUCCCAGUUGCAGGAGGCGGGGCACACCCUGAACCGGUCGCCAGCCAAUCGCAGGGCACAUCGAGGCAAACGGUCGCACUCACAAUCACACCUAUGGGCAAUUUAGAGUGUCCGAUUAAUGUUGCAUGUUUUUGAGGAUGUGGGAGGAAAUUGGAGCACUCACCCGGAGAAAAGCCACGCAGGCACGGGGAGAACAUGCAAACUCCACACAGGUGGGGCCGGGAUUGAACCCGGGACCUCAGACCUGUGAGGCCAAGGCUUUCCAGGUGCUCCACCGUGCUGCCCUUGACAGAUAUAGUUCAUCCAUCCAUUUUCUUUGCUGCUUACCCUCACAAGGGUCGCAGGAGUGCAAGAGCCUAUCCCAGCUGUCAACGGGCAGGAGGCGAGGCACACCCCCAACCGGUCGCCAGCCAAUCGCAGGGCACAUCGAGACAAACGGCCGCACUCACAAUCACACCUAUGGGCAAUUUAGAGUGUCCGAUUAAUGCUGCGUGUUUUUGGGAUGUGGGGGGAAACCCACACAGGCACGGGGAGAACAGGCGGGGCCGGGAUCGAACCUGGGACCUGAAAAAAAAAAAAAUCUUCCCUGAGGUGUAAAUGCGUUUUGUUGUACUUGGGCAAGAGUGUCAGCAUAUUAUAUCAUAUUUUAGUAUGCAAAACUAUAGUCACGUGUUACAGAAGCGGACAUGAGAACAUUCCGCUGGUGCCAGGGAGAGGCAACGUCGCAUUACGCCACUGACCAAUCGACCC